UUCCCAGAAGAUAAGAAGGGAAAUAUUCUUUUCAGUUGUUUUCUCUGAGCAUUAUGUCUUGCUCAAAGGCAGGUAAAAAACAAUCUUGAUCACAAAGGAAGGAUAUCUGCAUUCAGAACAUUUUAAUGGGAAGGGAGCUUUACAGAAUUGCAGUCCUAGCCACAUGGCCUUCUCAUCGUGAGUGUAUGUGUGUGUGUUUUCUUUCAGAAGCAGUUUGGCAUGGAUGACUCUAGCUUUAAGAUCUUCCUACAAAAAAUAUGCUAGCCCAGCUAAUUUUCAGAGCAUGACAAUCAUUAAAGCUCCCAUGAGUGAGCCUGCAAUACUUUUUUAGCUAAUGAUUAACCUGAGCCCCCUCCCCCAUUUCAUAUGUGGAUAAAAAUGAGAAAUACAGAGACUGAAAGCAGCAAGCAUGAGUGGUUCCUUUCCUAACUCCAUGGACUAAGAGGUGUUCAAGUAUGGAAUCUGACAAAGACUUCAGGACUAUCAGACAAGGCAGUAAGAGGGCUGAUCUUUUUAGGGUAAAAAAAGAAAGAGAAACUGUUCUGUGACCAGGCUGAAUUCAGAAUGUUUAUGAACUUCAUCACCCUACUUUCUCUGCUACCAUCAACGUUUGUGUGGUACAGACGGCUGCAAUUGAAUGUUCCAUUUAUUCAGCUUCAUGGUGUUCUUAGUUCUGGAGAUUCUGUUGUAACCAGAGAGUUUAUAGUGUUUUCUUGUACAGAAGUCUAGUGUUUAGAAUAAGGCUUUAUUUGUCAGUACUCUCAGAGUCUUUUCAUGGCUCUACAUUCAUAUCAUUUAAUGGGUAAGUCAUUAAGCCAGUUUUAUUUCAGCUUCCCAGCCUGGAAGACAGUACCUGUCAUAGAAGGCUUGUGUCCAGCUUCAUUUGUUUGACUGAGAUCUUUGGAUAAAAUUGUUUUCAUAAGAGGAAGAUACUAUGAUUUACGUACUUAUUAAGUCAUAAAUAUUCUCUAUUCUGGAUAGAGAAAAAAUGAGGAAGGGUAAAAAUUGCCUGUUGUAAGUCUCAUUUUUAUGGGCAGAAAAUAUGGUUAACCAUAUUUUCUGUUAAAAAGAUCUCCAGCACAGUAGCUGGGAACAUUGGUGAAUGAUUUCUGGGUGGCCAGGGUAGUACAUAUCCUGUGAGCGUAAACUAGUAAGUACUGAGCAGGGACUGGCAGCAGCAGCAUGCCCUUCCUCACAGCACCCAACUGGCAGAUCAGCUGGACUCCACUGCUGGUGCUAGGGUAUCUCUUUUACCUCCUCCUGGGUGCUAUGGUGUUCCAGUUGCUGGAGAAGCAGGCAGAAACCCACUCUCGGAACCAGUUCCACCUGGAGAAGCUCCAGUUCCUGCAGAACUACACAUGCUUGGACAGGCAAGCCCUGGAGCAGUUCAUACAGGUCCUCAUGGAAGCAUGGGAAAAAGGAGUCAACCCAGAACAAAACUCUACGAAUCCCAGUAACUGGGACUUCAGCAAUUCUUUCUUUUUUGCAGGAGCUGUUGUCACUACUAUAGGCUAUGGUAACCGGUCCCCCAGCACAGUGGCAGGACAGAUCUUCUGUGUGUUUUAUGCCUUACUUGGAGUGCCGCUCAACUUGGCCUUCCUUAACCAGUUGGGGAAAGGCCUCAAUGCUCGUUUGAUUACUCUGGAAAGAUGGGUGCAACAGCCAGGCCAUGACCAGGUGGUUCAGAGACUGGCCGUGGCUGUCUUCCUGACUGCAGGGACUUUGCUUUUUCUAGUGUUCCCACCACUGGUUUUCAGUUAUGUAGAAGGCUGGAGCUAUGGAGAAGGCUUUUACUUCACUUUCAUCACCCUAAGCACCAUUGGAUUUGGGGACUAUGUAGUAGGCACAAACCCCAACAAGCACUACAUCCCAUUCUACAGAAGUCUAACUGCAAUUUGGAUUGUUUUUGGCUUGGCCUGGCUGGCCUUGGUCUUCAACGUGGAAGCUGAUUUGAUGGAAAAAUUCCUUCAGCUCAAGUGGCACAAGCCUGACUUAAGCUUGGCAGAAGGAUCCCCAACCAAACUGGAAGAUGAACCCAAGCAGCCCAGAAUCCACAUACUUACCUGAGCAAAGAACACAG